AUGCGCGAGUUCAUGAGCUACGUGCAGAGCGCGUUCUACGAGGCGACUGGCUGGAACCGCGACAACUCGUACUCGUCGCUCAACGCAACUGCGGAUGCACUGCUCAACUUCCCGACGCCGCAAGGUCUCCGUCUCACUCUCUCCUCUCUGGCGACCCCUCACUUCGCGACGUCAUACCAGCUCGGCUCCGUCGGCGUUGUCGACGGCUCCAUCUCGUACCUGUACUCGUCUGUGCCGCUCCGUGCGAAUCUUGUCCCUCAGUCCGAUGCCAUCCCGCUACCGGCGCUGCUGCGCGCCUACCGACCACUCGCCGACCUCCCACCCCGAAUCGAAGCGACACCAUACCCCCUGCUCAGCCCGGCCGCCGCCUCGCUGUUGUAUGGCCGUCUCUACCUCCCCGAGUCCAUGCUCGAGGCUCUCGUUGUUAAGCGGAUCUCCCCCGCGCUACAGCUUCAACUCAGCGCAGUGUCGGGCAAGUUCCUGCGCAACGGCGGCACGCUGCUGGGAAUGGCCCAAUAUGACGUUGGCAGGUAUGCCAUCGAGGGCCUUGCUUCAUCGGACGGUGGCCUCCUCGGCUUCCGAGGCAUGUACAACUUUGGCGGGGACGUGGAGAACAACCAACAACCACAAUUGCGCUCCGGCGGCCGGCCGACCGGGAAGCCGGUGGGAGUCGGCGAGGACGCGAAGGAGCGGAUCUACGGACGAUUCAGCGCCGGCGGCGAGAUAUACUAUGGCACAUUGAACAAAUCGGGCGGGGUCAGCUUCGGGGGCCGUUUCGCGACGCUGCCCGAGCAUCGCGGGACACCGUUGACGGCGACGCUGACGCUAAACCCCCUGAUGGGGAACAUCAGCGCCAGCUACGCUGUCGUGGCGGGCAAGCACUGCAGCCUCGCGACGAGGAUGGACUUCAAUGUGUACAGCUAUGAGAGCGACUGGUCCGUGGGCAUGGAGCUGUGGCGCAAAAACCUGACCCGCAACAUUGAGCCGGCACUUUCGGCCGAGAGCCUCGUCAAGAAAGAGCGGAGCUUCCAGGCAAAGCUGGAGUGGCGGCUGGAUGAGCCCGAGGGCGUACCCGAACCCGAGGAGCUGAGACCCGUCGUCGUGACCGGCAACAAGGACGAGGAACGUAAGGAGAAGCCGAGGGAGCGCAGCUUUCAGGCGAAGAUGGAGUGGAGACUGGAUGACCCUGCGCCGGAUGACACGAAGGCGGUGGAGGACGAAUACGGUAAUGUCAUCAAGGCGCGGUUGGACCAGAAUAUGAAGAUCGGGAUCAUGUGGGAGGGUAGGGUCAAGUCUCUCCUCUUCAGCCUCGGCAGCGCCAUCGACCUGCGCAAGCUUGAUUCGCCAUUCCGUACGCUGGGGGUGGAAAUACAGUUCUCGUCAUGA